ACACCUCAACUAAAUAAUUGAAAAAAAUGAGCAGCAAACUUGACCUGAAUUUAUUAACCAAGAAGAGAAAGGUUGAAAAACCAUCGUCGGCAGCAGCCAACUCACAAGAUGGAGAAAGGAAGAAACAAUUAUUACAAAAACUUGCACAAAAAUAUAACAAGAAAGAUAUAGAUCCGGAGAAUGAUACUGAAUUUGAAGAUCAAGAUGAAAAAGCUAAAAUGGAUUAUGAUGAUGAUUUUGAGGAUGGAAAUAGAGUAUCAAUGUUACGUUCUCUUGAUGAAUCACUCACAAAAGGAGCUUAUAAGGGUCAUACUAUUAGAAAGGAAGAUUUGUUUGAUGAUGUAGAUGAUAUGAGUGCACUCAAAGAUGAAGAUUAUUUGGCAGAAAUUAAGAGACUUAAACAAAUUGAUUCCGAUGAGGAGGAAGGUGACGAUGAUGAAGUGGAUGAGGAAGAUGAAAUCAUGGGACAAAUCAAGGAUAUUGUUGAAGAAGAUUUAUAUGAUUCCACUGAUUUGGAAACUUUAAAGAAAACUCAACAAUUAGAAAAACAAAAAGCAAAGAGUGUAUUGAACCAAAAGUUAAUUUACGACCACUUGUUAAAGUUGAGAAUUUUACUUCAAAAACCACUUUCGAAUUGUAAUAGAUUGCCUCAAAAUGAAAUGUUUUGGGAUUUUGUUGAAAUGACCGACGAUAUUUUACCAAAGGAAGAUAAACCUCAAGCUGUAGAAAAACAAGAUGGUGAAACACCAUCUGAACCAGAAAAUAUUCCAACACGUCUUGCAGAAUUGAGAAAGGAUACAUUCCAUCUUAUUGCAGAUAUGCUUUCACUGCAAUCUUCUCUUUUCAAGAAGGGAAUGGUUGAAGAGAAGGAAAUUGAUGGUCAUUAUCUUCAAAAUGUUGUCAGCUCUGAAGAAGGUGACUUGACAGAAAAAGUUUGGAAAGUUUUGGAUGAAUCAUACAAGAGCUAUGAAACCUUUAGAAAUGAAUCUGUUGAUAGAUGGGCAACCAAAACAAAGAUUCAAUCAAGUGUGAGUGGAGGUUCAAAACUCAAUCUUAGAAAUAUCAAUGCUGGUGUAAUUGACCAAGUGCGUAACGUUCUCAAAAACGAAAAGGAAAGGAAAAAAUUAAUUGGAAGAACUCAAGUUAAACAAUUUGAACCUUCCAUUCUAGGUAAACGAGAAAGAGAUACAAAAGUUGAUGAAAAUGGAUUUGAAUUUGAUACUGAGAUUUACGAUGAUAAGGACUUUUAUCAAGUUUUACUUAAGGAUUUAAUUUCAGAAGUUGGUUCUGGAACUGAAGUUUCAUUCAGAAAGGCCAUAACAAAGAAGAAUACUAAAGGUAAAUAUGAUGGUAAGACAAAGGGAAAAGCUAUCAAAUAUACAGUCCACAAUGAAUUGGUCAACUUUAUGGCUCCAAAUUUCGAUAAUGAAAUACCUGAAUCAGCACAAACACUUUUUGGUAACUUAUUUGGUGGAGAUACUGUUGAAUUUGAGGAGGAAGAGGAAGAAGUUGAUGAUGCCACUACCACUCUUACUGAAGAUCAAGAUGAAGACAAUGAAUCUUCCUCUGCUUCAUCAGAUGAGGAAUAAAUCUCUUUUAUUUAUUA